AUGCGGCCAUCACCCCUCACAAACACGCACUUCCACAUUUCUCGAGAUUGCGGAGGCAAGAGAACUAGCUGUGAAGCCACAACUGCAUCUUUGCAGUCGCAGAUCAAAGGAGAGUAUGCUCAGAAGGAGAUUCUUCGAGGCUACGCUCCAACGGUCGGCCAGCUUCAUGGGGGGCGUCUCUUCACCUCCGCACUUCUCAAGAUUGCGGAAGAAAGCGAACAGCCUUUGUCACAAGGAUUACAUCUUUACGAUCGCAGAUUGAAGGAGAACAUUCUCAGAAGAAAGUUCUUCGAGGCUGUGCUCCGACGGUCUGUGGGCUUGACAAACGUGAACCUCUCACCUCUGCACUUCUCGCGCUUGUAG